GGUUGGAUGUUUGGGUGGUUGGUUGAAUGGGUGUAAGUCCCCAUUGCUGAAGUAACAGGCUCCCUGUCAGAAAGUUCUUUUUGCUACUUAACCUAGUUGUGUUACUUGUUCUCUUGUAGUUCCCUGUGUUGGGAAAACUGGUAAGUGUUGUCCAUGUCUCUUCUAGCUCAAAGUAUGUCUAUGAGCCAAAACUUACUGGAUGGGAGCAGGACAGUGCCAUGGGGUCCCCCAGGAACAUCUGCAGAGCGGCACCAGAGUAGGCCUCUUCCUCAGGGAUCUUGGCCUGUUCCCAGGAAGAGGAGAAACCUGGAACUCCACUAGUCUAAGGCCAAGGGCAGUCCUAGGGUGACCCAAGCCUCAGCAGUGGGGUUCUAGACCUCUAUUCUAUUUCCUUAAAAGUGACUAUAGCCUCUGUCUUUUCUCCAUGUGGAUCUGAAGCUCCUAUAUUCUCAACUCAACAAUACCGGGACUCCGUUCCUUCCUUUUAUGUUCAGAGAAGCAGGCACCUUUGUCUGCUGAUCAGUCUUCUCCUUCCUUCCUCGGAUCCCCUUCCCUCCACCCCAUUCUGUCCCACUGACCUCCGUGGAGCUUUCUGUCAAAUAGGAAAAAUUCUCAUCUAUGAAAUCUUGACCUCCAAGGAUAUGCUCUGUGACUCCAGGGGAACAGAAUUCAAACCAACACUUAGUGCUGCUAGAAAAAGCAGCUGUGGGAGCAAAGCUUACCAUUUAGUAAUGCAGUGAGCAUCAUCACUUUCAGGGUGAGGAGAGUGGGUUCUAAGGAUCUGGAAGAUCCAGGCAAGAGCAGGAUGUUCCGGGGCUCCCUAACUGCUUACUCCUCAUUACUCUCAGGCCAUCAGGCCUGUUCAGAAGGCUGUCUGGGAACGGGGGUGUCUGGCUUAUCAAAGAGAUGAUGCUGCUGCUGCUGUGCAGGUGAGGGUGGAUCCCUGGGAGCUCUUCUGCUCACAUCAGGGCACAGAAUACAUUUCAGGAAUAGUGACAGAGAGAACAGAUCCCUUCCGUGACAGUGGUGGAAGCUGAAACCCUGCUGAGUGGGGAGAUGGAGUCUGGGCCUCAGAAAACCCAAUGAGGAAGGCAGGAAGGAGACAGCUAAGGCUGUGACACCUCCAACACUCCUUACCAACUGCUUUCUGGUGGACAGAGAUGCCACUAUUAUCAGAAGUGAAGGCUGAAGAAAGUGUCACACUAGGUAGCCAGAGGAUGAGAAGUUAGUCCAGGCUGGAGGGAAUUGAGGCAGGAGGAAUGAGGCAAGACAACGAACAGGAUGAAUGCAAUUAAGCCGAGCUUGCCAAGGCAGACAGGAAAGUGCGAUAGAAAGAAGACAAGGAGGGUGGGUAGGAAGAAACCCAGAGAGAAGACACAGAGAAUGGGAGGGGAAGGGAAAGGAAUAAAGAGAAAGAGGGAAAAGGAAGGAAAGAAGGAAAGGAAGGAGAGGGAGUGAAGGAAGUCCAGUCCUGCCCUGCCCUGGCCGGCAUGAAGGACUGGAGACAGAGACAAUGCACCGGUGCCAUCCAAGGGCCUCCAUCCCCAGCAGAGGCCUUAGGCUGGGGGACAGAGGGAGAGAAGUGACCCAUGGGACCUGCUGCUCCAGGGUUUCCCUGUUUCUGUGUCUCACAGCCUGGCUGUACCUCCAAGCCUGGCCAAACCCUGUAUUUGAAGGAAAGGCCCUGACUCUGCAAUGUCAGGGAUGGAAGAAUGCACCACUGUCUCAGGUGAAUUUCUACAAAGAUGGGAAAGUCCUUCAUUUCUCUAAGGAGCAGGCUCUGUCCAUGGGAGCAGCAACAGUGCAGAGCCAUGGCCAGUACCGCUGCAACGGGCAGGUGAUGUAUAUUCCACAGACAUUCACAUAAACUUCAGAGGCUGCCAUGGUUCAAGUCCAAGAGUUGUUCCCACCUCCGGAGCUGAGUGCCGUCCCCUCUCCUGAGCCCCGAGAGGGGAGCCUGGUGACCCUGAGAUGUCAGACAAAGCUGUACCCCCUGAGGUCAGCAUUGAGGCUCCUCUUGUCCUUCCACAAGGACUGCCGCACCUUCCAGGACAGGGGCCCCCACCCAGAACUCUGCAUCCCAGGAGUCAAGGGUGGAGACUCUGGGCUUUACUGGUGUGAGGCGGCCCCUGAGGGUGGCCAGGUCCAGAAGCAGAGCCCCCAGCUGGAGGUCAGAGUGCAGGCUCCUGUGUCCCGCCCUGUGCUCACUCUGCACCAUGGGCCCACUGACCCUGCUGUGGGGGACGUAGUGCAGCUCUUCUGCGAGGCCCAGAGGGGCUCCCCUCCGAUCCGGUAUUCAUUCUACCUUGAUGAGAAGAUUGUGGGGAACCACUCAGCUCCCUGUGGUGGAACCGCCUCCCUCCUCUUCGCAGUGAAGUCAGAGCACGAUGCUGGGAACUACUCCUGCAAGGCUGAGAACAGAGUCUCCAGAGAGAGGAGUGAGCCCAAGAAGCUCUCUCUGAAGGGUUCUCAAGCCUUGUCUACUCCCACAGGCAGCAACCGGCUGGUUCCUUGGCUGCCUGCGAGCCUGCUUGGCAUGAUGGUCAUUGCUGCCGCACUUCUGGUUUAUUUGAGACCUCAGAGAAAAGCUGGACACUUAUGGCGUGAGGUGGGAGAGUCAGGUGGAUCCUCUUUAAGCCUCAUUCCUUCUCCAGUGCAUCACCAGGAAGAGAAAAAUGAAGGUGUCAUCUACUCUGCGGUGCAUGGAACCUCAAAGAGGAGUGGAGCCAAGCCUGCUGAGUUCACCGCGGGAAGAAAGAGGUGAGAUGCCUGCAGCCCAGUGAGGUUUCAUCCAAGGAGAUGAAUAUAAGAAGCAGGACCCUCUGCGAUCCCCUUGGUGACUCUGAGGAGGUUCUCUGCUAGUGAUGGUGUUUUCCUGUCAACACACACCCAUUCCCAGUCUCCAGUGCUCCCUGGGAGGACAGUGGGCUCCUUGCCUCUUUUUGUGGGUCCUUCAGUUCCCAAGCCCAGCAUCACAGAGCCCUUGAGCCCUUUUCCUGACCAGGAGAAACUGAACCCUGAGUUCUCUUCAUAGCAGAAGACCAAGCAAUGGAGUGGAAAGGGAGAUGCCCCCACCAACAGACACACUUAAGUUCAAGCAGUGACACUGGACACAGAAGCCAUAGAUGUUUUCUUUCCAUGCAAGCAUGUGUUAGAGUCAGUUGCCCCCAAUAUAUGUAAUCAUCCCCUCCACCACUGUAACCAGGAUAUAUAUAUGAAACAGUCAUGUGCCACAUCACAUUUCAGUCAAUGACGGACUGCACACACAACAGUGGUCCCAGCAGAGUAUAAUGGAGUUGAAAACUUCCCACUGCUUAGUGAUAUCAUGGCUGCCUUAACAUCACAGCACAGCACAUUUCUCACGUGCUUGUGGUGAUGCUGGUACAAAUGAGGUACAGCGCGCUAGUCAUAAAAAUAUAGCACAUACAAUGAUGUACAAUAGCUUAUAUAAAAAUGUAGCACAUACAAUGAGGUACAGUAGCUUAUAUAAAAAUAUAGCACAUACAAUGAUGUACAGUAGCUUAUAUAAAAAUAUAGCACAUACAAUGAUGUACAGUAGCUUAUAUAAAAAUAUAGCACAUACAAUGAUGUACAGCAGCUUAUAUAAAAAUAUAGCACAUACAGGCCAGGCGCGGUGGCUCAAGCCUGUAAUCCCAGCACUUUGGGAGGCCG